AUGAUCAUCUACUUUCCAACUGUUUUCCUCCUCUGUCAUCUGUGUGUGGCACAGUUCACUGACAUCUCUCAGCCUGUUUCUGUCAAAACUGCGGAGCUCGGAGACUCAGUUACUAUUGAAUGUCAGAUAAAUAGUGUUGUGAAAACUAGAGUGUGGUACAGAGCAACAACAGGGAGGAAAUUACAGCUCGUGGCAAAAAUAGACAAAAAGGGAACAAUUACAUUUGGCUCUCAGUUUAACCAAUAUAAUAAACUUUAUUCAGUAAAAUUGGACGGUGUCAGAAUUGAUUUGCACAUGUGGUAUGCAACACGGGGGGACAUCGGCACUUACUACUGUGGAGUUGUAUAUGCAGAUUUCAUUGAUUUUGGAUCAGGAACCUUUUUGCAGCUAAAAGGUAUUUUACCUAUGAAAGUCUCUGUUGCUCAGCAGCCAGAGUCUGAGUCAGUCCAUCCAGGAGACUCUGUCACUCUCAGCUGCUCUGUUCACACUGGUGACUGUGGAGGGGAACACACCAGUGUCUUCUGGCUGAAAAGCUCAGAAAGUUCUGGUCCACAAAUCAUUUUAGCUGGAAAUAAGAGUGAGAGCUGUGAGAGGACUGAGAGCGGCUCUCCAGAAACUAGCUGUGUCUACAAGCUUCCCAAGCAGAACCUGAGCUCUGACGAUGCUGGAACCUACUACUGUGUUGUGGCUUCAUGUGGGGAGACACUGUUUGGAAAUGGGACCGAGCUUCAUAUUAAAGGAAACUCUAUCCUGACCCCACCAUCUCAUCUGGACUCAACUGUCGUUGCACUGGCUUGUUCAACUGUCAUUUUUGGGAUGGCAGCGUUUCUACUCCUUGUACCGUCUGAGACACUGAGAGGUCUGCUUCAGUGA